AUGAGUAUUACUCCCAGCAUAGUAGGUUUUGUGAGCAGACACGGUUUGAAGGAUGGCAAUGGGGUCUUGCUAUUCUUCCUUGGGUAUGUUGCUUUGAUGAUUUUCGCAUACCUCGCCGUCGGCUUCAUUCUGCGUCCACGCAAAUUCAGGGACUUCCCGAUUGUGGGAAAACAUAAAGACCUCCAUGGAGGACUUAUUGAAGGAACACGAAAGGCAAAGAUCUCAAACUUCCCGUCUUUCGCGAUCCCGACGUCUCCACCGACGGUUAUCCUUCCCGUACCAAUGAUUGAUGAGAUCAAAUCGCUACCAGAGACGAAGGUGUCAUCAGCACGAGAGCUUUAUAGACGUGCAGCCGGAAAAUACAGCAAAACGGGGACGAACGCCAUAGCAGCAGUUCGAGCUCUUCGUAUUGACCUGAAUCGAAGCGGAAGCAUUAUCCCAGCUCUUUGCGAAGAGACCGACUUCGCUUUCUCACAAGUCAUCGGGGAGUACACUGAUUGGGCUCCAGUGGCCGUUUAUCCCAAGAUCAAUCAUAUCGUGGCCAUGGUCAGCGGCCGAGUUUUCGUGGGCACCCCACUCUGUAGGGAGGCGGAAUGGGUGGCUUUGACGACAGCCUGGGCGAGAGAUGUCUUCGCAUUGGUGACUAAAACAGCGAAAUAUCCAACCUGGAUACGUCCUUGGAUUGUUCCGUACUUAUCGGAGACAAGGAAGGUGCUCGGACUGAGAGCAAGGGCGAAGGCAUUUCUCUCCCCUGCAUUUUCGGAACAACUUGAAGCGAGAACAAAUUAUGAGCUACCACCUGAAAAGAUGCGAGAUACACUGGUGAGCUGGAUGAUGAAAUAUGUGGCUCCAAGGCACAUGAAUGUGGAGAGCUUGGUACGUCACCAGCUUGGGAUAUCAUUGGCUUCGACACACACAACGACUCAUGCUGUGAGCAACAUUCUCUUUGACUUGGCCGCACAGCCAGAAUACCAGAAUGGAUUACGCGAGGAGUUGGAAGCCGUCUUGGAAGAAUGCGGAGGAGAAUUAACCCAACUCGAUCUGGUACGACUGAGAAAAAUGGACAGCUUCAUGAAGGAGAGCCAGAGAUUCAGCCCAGCAACCAUCCUUUCUCCCAUGCGGCUUACAAUCCAACCGUUGACACUCUCAACAGGCCAAAUUAUCCCAGCCGGAACACCAAUCGGUUUCUUCAGUAUGUCGAUCAACCAAUCGGAUUCGAUCUAUAAAUUCCCGCCAGCAGACAUUUUUGACGGAUAUCGCUUCGCCAGGGAGCGAGAGAAGAAAGGGAACGAAAACAAGCACCAGUUUGGCUCCACAGGUCCGGCGGAAACGUUCGACUUUGGUCAUGGCAUACAUGCGUGUCCAGGUCGUUUCCUCGCCGUAGCAGAGAUCAAAAUUAUGCUCACGUAUGUCCUUCAAAAUUAUGAUUUGAAAUUGGAACCAGAGGCUACCAGACUUGCGAAUUCGCUGAAAGAGGUCUAUUUCAUGGCGGACCAGAAGGCUAGAGUGCUUCUGAGAAGCAGAAAGGCCUGGUGA